AAUAACCGGAAAUAGCAGUGAAUGCGGAAGACGAAAGAUGGAGGCGGCUGUGUUCAUUCUAUCGCUGGUCGACUGCUGUGCUUUGAUUUUUCUGGCGGUGUACUUCGUAAUUACUCUCUCCGAUCUAGAAUGUGACUACAUCAAUGCACGAGCCUGCUGUUCGAAGUUAAACAAAUGGGUUGUACCAGAGCUGGUAGGCCAGGCCCUGGCAACAGUGCUGAUGCUUGUCUCCCUGCACUGGUUUGUCUUCCUACUCAACCUGCCUGUGGCCACCUGGAACAUGUACAGGGUUUGGAAGGUGCCCAUGGGAAACAUGGGGGUGUUUGACCCCACUGAAAUCCACAACCGGGGACAACUAAAGUCUCACAUGAAAGAGUCCAUGAUCAAACUCGGCUUCCACCUGCUCUGCUUCUUCAUCUACCUGUACAGCAUGAUCCUGGCACUGAUCAACGAUUGAGAUCCCCAUGGCUGUUUUAAUCCAAUCGGCCAAAUCACAAACUAUUCAGAAUGUGGUGUUCAAUAUGUCCUGGUCCUCAGUCCUCUGCUCAGCUGAAGUCACCUGACAUUACACUCCCCUUGGACACCUAAUCAUUGCUCAGCCCCUCCCCUCCAUUACGUACUUCUGUGUUCUCAUAACUGCCCUGGAAUUGUGUGCGUGCUUUCGUUCAGGCUGUGUCCAACAACGCUGUCCAUGCACUGCUCCUCUGGGCAGAUGGAAAACAUGACAAUCAUACAGGCUAGAUGGUGCAUACGAUUGGCUAACAUAUUUUCAGCCAAGAGCCAAUCACAACAGCCAAACAUCAUCUUUGAUAUGUCAAUGCCAUAUUUGUCAUAUUUAUUUUUUUGUCUCUUGUCAACAUGUUGGAAAAUCCUUGAAUAUCCUUUGCAGAAUACUAACCUGUGUUUUGGAGAUUUCUAUAUUUUCUUGGUCUCUUAACAUCAAUAAGUUGUAGAUCUGACAUUCCCUGACUGCUGAAAGUUGCACAUUUGAUUGGUAUUAUAAAAGUGUUCUCAGGGGAAUACAUGCACCUGGAUUGGAAAAAUGUUUUUCAACCCUAUUUUUAUCACUCGACUGUGUAUCAAUGGGCAAUAUAACCUCGAUUCAACCCGUAGCACUGGAGAGCAAUUUCAUUUAAGGUCAUUUCCAAUUGAGCUGAUAUGUAAGUCUUUAAAUUUGUGUAGUGCUUCAGAUUGAAUCAAAUCCCUUGUCUGUAUUAUAGUUGUAUUACAUUUCACUAUGUAUGACAGAAGCACAUCACUAUGUGUGUUAUUUGUGCAGUUUGAGAAUGACCAUGUUCCAGCCAAAUGUGUUUCUCCAUGGGGAAAGGGUGCGUGUUCAGAUUGUAUUAAAUCAAACUAAAAUUACUCGUUUAUGUGCUUUUGAAAAUAAUUUGUGGGGUUUCUUAAAUAAACUUGAAAGAGAACAA